GACGGUACCAGGCAGCCGACGUCGUCAGUCUUGUGCCUGUUUCGUAGCGAUUCUGACGCUUUCUUUGGUGUGUGCUUUUCGCCUUCAGAGUCAGCCCCCUUAACAACUCUACUACACCUGGAGAGUUUUGUUGUGCGAUACUCUACGCCAGGGUCUCUGGUGUUGGCCUUUCUCACUAUCGGUAUUUUUGAGUGAAAUCCUAAUCGAAUCAAUCGCACAAGUGCCAACAGCAGCAGUAAAGUGACUUGCGCACCGUUUUAGUGGGCAGACUAAGAGCUUGCGCGAGCAGGACGGCAUUAGAGGUGCUCCGAUUUGGGAAUUUAGUGAAAUUCCAGUGCGCGUUCGCCAAAACGGGUCCAAGUGCGUAUUGAACUGUGAAUCGAUUGAAGGAAGGAAGAGCUUUAAACAGGUGAAAUAUAUUGUUAAAGUAAUUUUACAAAGUUAAGAAAACUUAAGUUCACUUGAACACUGACAGUGCUUGGGUGUGCGAGUGCGAGUGAGAGGAAAGAAAAACUGCGCCAGACGGACGGUGAUGAUUACUAUCUCGGGAGAAGUGUGUAUGGUGAGACGAGUUUAAGCAAUUUUUUUUAUAUCCAUUCGCUGUUUUUGGAAAUUGGAAAAUCAAGUUUGCGCGAAGGAGACGACAUACUCGAGCACGUUCCGUUAUAUUUUGAUGAGUUGUUGCUGGUGAGCUGCACGGAACUGGGAAAGAGAAGUUGUCCCCCACGGGCUGGAGUGAGAACCGCGAAGAAAAGCUGUUUUUGUGUGACGAAACUUUGGGGCAAAAUAUUUUCGGUCGAAAAGAGGUGAAUGAUUUAAUUUUGUGCAACUACCCCCAGUCGAGCUGCACUGAGAACAUUCAAGUGACAUAUACGCGUUCGGUUGAGUAAUUUACCCGGAUGCAAAGCGAGAGAGGAGCAUAAAGUCCCAAAAUUCCGGUUCUUGUGGACAUCUAGUGUGCAACAGGUUCCCCCUCCUUAACGACCACCGCGCCUCAACCAAGUAGGCUAUCAUCAUCAUCACCACAAGAGAGUAAUCAACAGUGCGCCGAACGCCAGCCACACACUUCGUGAGAAAUCUGAAUCAUAAUCAGAGCCACUAACGAUUCAGCAGCAGCAGCAACAGCAGCCGCCUCCACGAUUUAGUUGUAGACAAUUACUCAUUAUUCCAAGACGAUUAGCGGCACUUUGCGCGCGAAACCCAACGGAAAUUGCAAGAGUGCGUGAGUGGUGCUGCACCUGAUUUGACCUCCGUUCGGUUGCACACAAAGAACUUCGGCUGGCUGCAAGUGACGAACCCCGAAAGCCGGGUAGAUCGGACAAACUCUCCCUGGCAGCUAGUGGAAAAGUACCGCCUCCAGUACAGUGGACGUGCAAUUAAAAUUUCGGUAGUCGUGAGCGCAAGUUAACGAUUUCUGUGAUUAUCAACAAUAACUUCAUCAACGUUCGUUUGUACUGCUACUGCACCGUAAAGCUUAGCAGUCGUUAUUGGUAGAAGAGUGCAGUCGGACAAAACCAGCAAGACCGGAGCAAGUGCACAGCGAGUGGCCAAGAGAGCAACAUAAUUAAACAAAGUAGUUUGGCAAUAAAAAGGAAAAAAUCGAGCAAGUGCGGUAAAUGUGUCGAAAAGAAACCUCUACUUGAAGAGUCAGCCGGGAAAGAUUGGCCAAAGUGCGAGUACAUGUGCGCGGUAGUAUUGUGAGACGUGGAUUUAGGUGAAAUUUUUUAAGAGAAAAGAAAAACUUGUGGUACUUGGUGGAUGUGCUGGGGCAACCUGGUUUAGGAAAACCCAAUUCCUUAAGUAUUCCUAAGUACCGGACGGAUUGACCGACUACUUGAUCGUGAAUUGCUGUGGAGUGAGUGGAUAGAAGGAGAAGACAAGAAGCCCGUACAAAGCUCUGUGCAUCCAGCAGCAGAAGCAGAAGCCAUCGCCGCCGGUGGAAGAUGUUAGUUCCGGGACAUGUGGUGUCACUGUAUGUGGCGACGUGCGGCUAUAACGGUGCGGCACUUGGCUCCGACGAGAAGGAGAUUGUUCUGCUGAUUUACGUAAUCAUCGAUGUGCAGACAAAUAAUAUCGUCGGCGUCAAGCAGUAUUUCGUGCGGCCGUCCAACCCACAGCAAGGCCGCGAACACCAGAAUGCCCUUCACAGCAGCAGCAGUGCCAACAGUGCCAGCCAGAACAACAUCAGCUCCAGCCAAACCUCGCUCGACCAGUCCAUCGGAACGACCUGUUCGAACAACUCAACCAGCGGAGCGUCGGCCGCCUCCUCGUCAUCGUCGUCGGGGACAGCCGGAGUGCCGGAGUGUGCAAUCAGCCAGGAGAUACCCGCCAUCGAGUCUCUGAUCCAGUCCAAUGGGCGACCCCUGGAGGAGGUGCUCGAACAGUUCGAUUCCUACACACGGUCCCUCCAGAUUGACCCCUGCGGGGGCAACUUUCGGCUGGUGGUCGAUGGACAGCUGCCCCUGCGGCAGUGUCUCCACCCGGAAGCCGGUGCCAAAGAUAUUCAGCUACCCGCGUACUACUGGCGAUUCAGCGACCUGCGGAAGGAGUACGUGCGCUGCAAGGCUGGAGAUUUGGCUCGGGCCCUGGUUCCGGUGUCCGAUGUGACCAAGCUGCACACGAUGCCCCGGCUGCCGACGGUGCCCGCCUCGGUGGCUGAUAUUAUGCAAGAUCUUGAUCUUCCAGCGUACCAGGACAACGAGUUCUACGUGAAAGAAGCUCGUGAUAUGGUCACAAUCAUCCAGCACAUGAUAUCAUUAGGUCAUAAAUUCGAAGCAAACGAAGUAGUGAAUUUAAGUUUAGAACCUGGAAUAUGCUCAAUCGAUGACGAAAUCGAUGGCACGUGUAUAGUGCGUGCGCGUGGUUUACCCUGGCAGAGCAGCGAUCAGGACAUCGCUCGGUUCUUCCGGGGACUGAAUGUGGCCAAAGGUGGAGUUGCACUCUGCUUAUCGCCACAAGGGCGCCGUAACGGCGAAGCAUUAGUGCGGUUCGUUUCACAGGAGCACCGUGACAUGGCGCUAAAGCGACACAAGCAUCACAUUGGCAACCGGUACAUCGAGGUGUACCGAGCUACCGGGGAAGACUUCCUAGCCGUUGCCGGUGGAGCAUCCAACGAGGCGCAGGCGUUUCUCUCCAAGGGUGCUCAGGUCAUCAUCCGCAUGCGAGGACUCCCCUACGAUUGCACCGCCAAGCAAGUGCUUGAAUUCUUCGCCAAUGGCGACAACAAUUGCACCGUCCUGGACGGAGCCGAUGGGAUACUGUUCGUGAAGAAACCGGACGGCCGAGCUACCGGAGAUGCGUUCGUACUAUUUUCACAGGAAACUGACGCCCCGAAGGCGCUCUCCAAGCAUCGGGAAUCGAUCGGGCAGCGCUACAUCGAGCUGUUCCGGUCAACGACGGCGGAAGUUCAGCAGGUUCUGAACCGCUCGAUGGAUCCGAAGACAUACGAGCCGCCGCAGCCACCAUUGAUUGCCGCGUUGCCACCGGUGCAGUUGCCGCUGCUUCCACAGCAUGUGAUCACAAGUGGGACGGAGAAAAAUUGCAUUCGGUUGCGUGGGCUGCCGUACGAAGCCAAGGUGGAGCACAUUCUACACUUCCUGGAGGACUUUGCCAAGAACAUUGUCUACCAGGGCGUGCAUCUAGUUUACAACGCACAGGGUCAGUUUAACGGCGAAGCAUUCAUCCAAAUGGAUUCGGAGACAGCCGCCUACCAGUCGGCUCAACAAAAGCACCACAAGAACAUGAUGUUCGGUAAAAAGCAGCGCUACAUCGAAGUGUUCCAAUGUUCGGGUGAUGAUAUGAACAUGGUCCUGAACGGUGGAUUCCAGCCGCCGACGAAUAUCUCCAAGCCGCCACUGUUAUCACCCGGUAUGUUACCAACUGCGCAACAGCCGCCAACACAAAAUCAACAAGCACUAGCGCUGUCUCAGCUCCCGUUGUCCGUUCCACCUCCGCUAACUUUGUCGAUUCCCCCUCCCACUCCCCAAAUGAUAGCACAACAGCAAGCUCAUUUCAUAGCACAACAUAGUCUAAUGGCGCGUCAAGCCGCCGCCGCAGCAGCAGCCGCCCAACAGCAAGAGCAAUACUUGUACCAACAUCUUGCAAUGCACCCGACUCACUCAACGGGUGCGAACUCGGCAGUCGUAUCGCAAGCCCCGCCCACCUAUGCAACAUCGACAACUGUCAGCCCACAGUCUGCGAGUUAUCAAAUGCAACACACUCAUGGGCCUCCUCCCUCUAUUCCAAGCAUGAAUCAAGCAGCCGCUGCCGGCAUUCCAAGCCACUUGACGGCGGCUGGUGUUCAGGGUGCACAAUAUCCACAAUUUGUGUUCAUGCCACGGCAAAUGUUUGCGCCUGGUGGCUUUCCGGUUGGUUUCAUGCCGCCAGGUAUGAGCCCUCUGCACUUUCCCGGAGCGGCCACCGCUGCAGGAGCAACCGGUGGCCUUGCCCAAACCCCAAUUGCUACACCAACCGGAAUUGCACACCCCGGUACACUUAGCCACUCUGCCGCCGCUGCCUCUGCCCAGCAACAACAUGCCGCUGCCAUGACAGCCAAUGCCUCUAUGCUCCCGAGUAGCAUCAAACGCUCCUACGAUAAUGCCUUUCGUAACGACCAAUCACAGCUGACAACGACCACCGGCUCAAAACGCGCCUUCCAUGGCGGCAACCAGGCGGCUGCAGCAGCUGCGGCGACGGCGGCUCUCUAUACGCCCUAUUAUCAUCCCCACAUAUGAGGGAAAGCAUAGCUUUAGGUUAAUUUAACGCUAGGUAUCAUGUUGGCUCUAAAGUUGAUAUUUUAGUACAUAUGUACUAAAACAUUACCAAUUUAUUUUAUAGUGCUUUUUGCCUUUUUUAAAUUAUGAAUUCAUUCCAAUAAGUUGUAGCUAGAUUUGCCUUAAUACUUAGACAAAAGAAAACAACUAUUCCAUCCACUGCAGUCCGAUGCAGCUAUCGUUAUUUAGAACACCAAGUUGUGACCCACAAGACAUUUAGAGCGUGGUUGUGAGCAAACGCACUCAUCAAAGAAGACUCUCUUCCAAUCGAUAGACGCUACUAAACGUACUUAUUAGAGCAAUCAUUCAUAUACACUUUUCCACAGAUAUUGAUAUAAACUUGUUCAUAUAUAUAUUAUUGAAGUCUUUAUAUACACAAAAUGCUAGUUAGAUAAGCGAAAAAGUUGUGCUUACAUGAAACCCAAAUCCUUACCCGAUCCACCCCCAAAAAGCUACUCCUAUCCCCCUCUUUCAUGUGACCUGGUUUCCGGCAAUUUGCAAACAACAUGGAACAGUCUAAUCCAACUAAGAAUUAACACUAUCCCUUGGGGAAUGACGCAACGCAAGCCCUAUAUGUGAACAAAACACACUCACACCAACACCAAUGGAACGUGUUCGAUGGUACCUCAUACAUAUAAUAGUAACGACUGCUGCUGUGUGUUUAUGUAAAGGCGGUUUGUUGGGACUCAUUCUACCUUAAAUACCAAUCCAUACAAAUCAAAACUCUGGGGGUGUCGGGAUUAUUAUAACUACAAUCGUUAUUUAAUGUAAUUUCGUUGUGAGGCGCUAUAGCGCCAAGAGAGUAAACACAUACAGACUGGAGAAGGAUUCAUUGUGAAUGAACUUUUGUGUGAGAUGGUCGGAAGCAGCUCUUAUCACUGAUAUUUUUGCAAUGUUAGGAUUAGUACUUUCUUUUAUCAUUAAAUGCCUUGUUAGUGAAUUCUAAAAUCUAAGACUUAUUUGCAUAAGGAACACGUUUGAGUUUCGUUUUUAUUUGUUACUAUUCUCCCGAUUGCCUGAAAAUGAAAUCAAACAAAUCACAUUCCACAACAGUUAACUUUGAAAUUAGAUAAUCGAUGUACUAAAUUUUAGACAGACUGUCAAAUACAUUCCAAUCGAGGCAGCCACAGAAACACAAACGCACACCACGCAUUCCAAGGCAUUUUGAUCGUUUUCCUACUAACACAUACACACCAAUCGGUCCUCGGAAAACACUAAUCGGAGUUAUCUGGCCGCACUUUUUCAUCAGGGGCACCGGUUGCCAAAUCGAAAGGUGCGGUUACGUAACUUGCUCAGGCCUAUUGUUACAUUGUGCUCGUACUAUUAGAUGCAAUUGUUUUUAGCCGUCAGUACAUCUCAGCCGCUCCAAAUCUACAUUCUUAAUCCGCGUGGUGAGGCUGCUUUUACUUCACAUUUUUCCUCCUAACCAAAUCUAGAUCAUCGUGAAGAAACGGAAUCAAAAACAAACACACACAUUCACAUUAUAAUUCAUAUUGUUGUUUUUUUUUUAUUUAAUGGAGCGGACCAACUAAACAAUAUGUCUCAAUGUAAAGCGGAUGGUGAAAAGGGCUUAACUGUGUUGGUUUGGGUGGGAAACGGCGAAACAGUGUGUAUCAAUAAAAGUAUUUUGCUCAAAAUGCUAUUCUAUGUUUGUUGAACCGUACUAAAAAUGGAAUUUAUCAAAGCAAACCAUGAACGCACGCAGUUUGUCGUUUCCGAUCCGGCUAAAGUGAUUGGAGACAAGAAAAGGUCAAGCAAAAGGCUAAACUGUACUUUUCCUUAUAUAAGUUAAGGUUUGUUAGUUGUUUAGUUUUAUUUUUCGUAAUACAUAAAUGUUGUAAAGGCAGAACGGGGAAUCCAGACGCAAGAAUGUUUGGUAGACGGGCCUCUUCUAUUGUUUUAUGGUUUUUGAUUGUUUUUUUACUGUCAUCUCUCACAUUUAUUCUCUUAUCACUUGGAUUUUAUUUUGUUUAUUUCAUUACUAAACGUCUGCUUGUAAAUCAGAAUGUUGCACUUUACGGAAAUACUCUUUGUCGGUGGAUUUUACAAAACUCGCUUAAAUUCGCACAACUGACCGGAAAUUCUUCCGUUUGGGAUUUCGCCCUUCUGUCUUCCUGGGACCUUCGAGGCAGUUUUGGCCUCGGACAGUCUCCAGAGCGCUAGAGGUCGAGGAAAAAACAAACCUAUGAUAUUGUUACGUCCGUUAAAAACUGAAAAAAGACACCAAUUUUCUUCCUAAUUGCUCAGCUAAAUAGAUUUGUUUUCCUUAGAUUGUGUACGUGGAUAAGCGUUUAUGAUGUACCGAGUAGAUUUAAUAUUUUCAUUGAUUUUAUUUUUCAUAUU